AUGUCCUCCACCUUUAGCAGCAGACCCCUCUUCCCGAACCUCCCGCCUCCAGCCGAAUGCCUCGCCAUCCUCUUCGCCUGCACCCAACUCACCGUCUUCGGGCUAGGAGGCCUCGCGAACCCCAUAGACUGGUCGAAAGGGUACGGUCUGCCAAUUGACGCCGCAGCCGAGGCAGAGAAGACGCAGAUAGCGCUCGUGAGCGCGUUGGCCACAAGGAACAUACGGCAUGCGGCGUUGAUUUUGGCGCUGGCAUGUUAUGCGCGUGAUCGCCGCGCUGUAGGACUGGCACUCGCGGUGAAUUGCAUCUCGUCGUUGGCCGACACGUGUAUUGUAAGGUGGUUUGGGACCGCACAACAAGUGAGUUUGCACGUAGGGGGUUUGCUGAGCUCGGCGGGGUUGAGCAUGGUGUUGUUGAAGUGGGGGAGAGACGAUGCCUGGUGGUGA